AUGGUGAUGUUGACACAACUGAACCUGAAGAUAAUGAAUUUGAAUCUGAAAGCUCAGAUGAAAACAGUAGCAGUGGUGAAAAUGAUGAAACUAGGUGAUGGCUCCCACACACCUAAGAGAAACGGUUCUGGACAAGACGAUGGUGACAACUCCAAGGAACCUAAGGGAGGAAAUUCUAAAAAGGGUGAUGCCUCCAAGGUACCUAACGGAGGUAGUUCUGAAAAGGGUGAUGCCUCCAAGGUACCUAACGGAGGUAGUUCUGAAAAGGGUGAUGCCUCCAAGGUACCUAACGGAGGUAGUUCUGAAAAGGGUGAUGGCUCCAAGGUACCUAACGGAGGUAGUUCUGAAAAGGGUGAUGCCUCCAAGGUACCUAACGGAGGUAGUUCUGAAAAGGGUGAUGGCUCCAAGGUACCUAACGGAGGUAGUUCUGAAAAGGGUGAUGCCUCCAAGGUACCUAACGGAGGUAGUUCUGAAAAGGGUGAUGCCUCCAAGGUACCUAACGGAGGUAGUUCUGAAAAGGGUGAUGCCUCCAAGGUACCUAACGGAGGUAGUUCUGAAAAGGGUGAUGCCUCCAAGGUACCUAACGGAGGUAGUUCUGGAAAGGGUGAUGGCUCCCACACACCUAAGAGAAACGGUUCUGGACAAGACGAUGGUGACAACUCCAAGGAACCUAAGAAAGACAGACCUGGGGACAAAGAUGAUACAAACAAGCACCAACCGAAGCACCACAAAGGAUGCAAACACCACAUAACGGAUAGUGAACAUCCAAGUGGUGACAAGAAUCACAGUUCUGGAAAGGGUGAUGCCUCCAAGGAACCUAAGGGAGGUAGUUCUGGAAAGGGUGGUGGCUCCCACACACCUAAGAGAAACGGUUCUGGACAAGACGAUGGUGACAACUCCAAGGAACCUAAGAAAGACAGACCUGGGGACAAAGAUGAUACAAACAAGCACCAACCGAAGCACCACAAAGGAUGCAAACACCACAUAACGGAUAGUGAACAUCCAAGUGGUGACAAGAAUCACAGUUCUGAAAAGAAUGAUGGCUCCAAGGUACCUAACGGAGGUAGUUCUGGAAAGGGUGAUGCCUCCAAGGAACCUAAGGGAGACGAUGGUGACAACUCCAAGGAACCUAAGAAAGACAGACCUGGGGACAAAGAUGAUACAAACAAGCACCAACCGAAGCACCACAAAGGAUGCAAACACCACAUAACGGAUAGUGAACAUCCAAGUGGUGACAAGAAUCACAGUUCUGAAAAGAAUGAUGCCUCCAAGGAACCUAAGGGAGGUAGUUCUGGAAAGGGUGGUGGCUCCCACACACCUAAGAGAAACGGUUCUGGACAAGACGAUGGUGACAACUCCAAGGAACCUAAGAAAGACAGACCUGGGGACAAAGAUGAUACAAACAAGCACCAACCGAAGCACCACAAAGGAUGCAAACACCACAUAACGGAUAGUACCUAA